CGCUUUAUUAAGUGAAGUGACGGCUGUCACUAAUGUCACUCGCCGCAUCCCUUGUGAAGUUGCUAAUUAGCUGACAGCUAAUUUUCCAAUUUUUUAUUUGUAAUUAUUUAUCAAUUAUUACCUUUUGUACGCCCUUUUUAUGUCUGGUUUUUUACUUUGAGUGCGACAAAGGAGUGCAACAAUACUAGCCUGAUAUGGCUAGUCCAUCCCCAACAAACAGUCCAAUGCCCCCGCCUCAGGCUCCGAGCCCCAUGGGGGUGCCUCCUUCUCAAAGUCCCUCCCCGGCACCCCCAAGUCCGUAUCCACCGCAAGGAGCUCCUCCGCCCCAGCAGGGACCUCCACCAGGGACAGGCCAUCAACAGUAUGGGGGCUAUUCACCGCAUGGACCUCCUCAGGGAGGACCUCCUGAUGGGCCUCCGCAUCCAGGUCCUCAUGGCAUGCAAGGCCCGCCUCAUCCACAAGGGUAUCCUCAAAAUCAUCAAGGAUGGCCUCCACAUCAAGGAAACCCUCCGCCACAAGGACAUGGCCCACCACAAGGUCCGCCUCCUCCACAGGGUCAUCCGCCUCAGGGACCCCCCGCUGGUCAUCCCCAGCAUCCUGGUCAAGGUGGUGGUCACCCACCAUCACACCAAGGCCACUCUACAGUUAUGCCUCCUCAGGGAUACCCACCUCAUCCACAACAACCACCGCCGGGUCAGUAUCCGCCUCCGCACGCUGUCGUACCCAAUCAGCAGCAUCCUGGUGCCCCACCACAACAUGGCGGCAUACCGCCCCAGGGAUACCAGGGACAUCCUGGAUAUCCGCAGCAGGGAAGACAAAAUCCAGCUUCACCGGGGCCUCCGCAGCCCUCCCCAACACAAAUGGGUCAACCGCCAAGACCUACCGGACCGACUGCAGACAAUCUAAACGCUCUACAAAAGGCUAUUGAUACCAUGGAAGAAAAGGGAAUGCAAGAUGAUCAAAGGUACUCCCAACUGUUGGCUUUAAGAGCGAGAACUACCCAGGCCCAAAACAGUGCCGUUCUUAACGCCAUACAGAUGAACCAGCUGAGAAAUCAAAUUAUGGCUUGGAGAUGUUUGUCUAGGAAUCAGCCAAUACCGCAUAAUAUUUUAAUGGGGUUGCAGGGUAAAAGACCGGAUGGUGGUCCACAGUUUCCGACACCUCCGUCGAGUCCAUUACAAGCGGGACAGCCUGGCGAUCAGCAGCAAGGGGGAGAGGGUCAACCUCAAGAUUCCAAUAAAACCGGAUCGGCCCAACAAAGAACUCAAUCGGGUCAGUUAUUGCCAGCGAAACAAACCAGAAUCACGACCAUGCCGAAGCCCUGCGGCAUUGAUCCGAUCGUGUUACUGCAAGAAAGGGAAAAUAGGGUAGCUGCAAGAAUUGCCGCCAGAAUCGAACAAGUGAUUAAUCUUCCAUCGGACAUCAGCGACAAACUAAGACUACAAGCGCAAAUCGAACUGAGAGCUUUAAGGUGUCUCAACUUCCAAAGGCAACUGAAAAGCGAGAUUUUGAGUUGUAUCAGGCGAGACACGACGUUGGAAACCGCGGUCAACAUUAAGGCGUACAAAAGGACAAAGAGGCAGGGACUUAGGGAGGCUCGGGCUACCGAGAAGCUGGAAAAGCAACAGAAGUUGGAGGCGGAGCGGAAACGGCGCCAAAAGAACCAAGAGUUUCUUAAUUCGGUACUGCAACACGCCAAGGAGUUUAAGGAGUUUCAUAAGGCCAAUCAAGCGAAAAUUGCCAAAGUUAAUAAGGCUAUCCUCAACUAUCACGCUAACGCGGAACGGGAGCAGAAGAAGGAGCAAGAAAGGAUCGAAAAAGAACGUAUGCGAAGGCUCAUGGCAGAAGAUGAAGAGGGUUACCGAAAACUUAUCGAUCAAAAGAAAGAUAAACGUCUGGCGUUCCUUCUCUCUCAAACCGACGAAUACAUCGCUAGUUUAACGGAGAUGGUGCGACAACAUAAGGAAGAACAAGCCCACAAGAAACGGGAGGAGGAACGAAGAAAGAAGAGGCAACAGCGAAUGCAAGAGCCGGAUAGAAAGGUUACCGUUCAAGAAUCGGCAACUGGUAAAAAAUUAAAGGGUGAAAAUGCGCCCACCUUUAGAGAACUACAGGAGUGGCUCAAGGCCCACCCUGGCUGGGAGAUGAUCGAUACAGAUGACGAGGACGAUGAAGAUGAGUCCAAAGAAGGUAAAGAGGGCGAAGGCGAAGAGGACGCUGCUAAAGAAAUAAUUAAAAAGGCCAAGGCGGAGGACGACGAGUACCAAAGGAACGCGAAAGAGGAACAGACUUAUUACUCGAUUGCUCAUACCGUUCACGAGAUGGUUACCGAGCAAGCGUCUAUUUUGGUCAAUGGCAAAUUGAAGGAAUACCAAAUUAAAGGUCUUGAAUGGUUGGUUUCUUUAUACAACAACAAUCUGAACGGAAUCCUGGCCGACGAGAUGGGUCUCGGCAAAACCAUCCAAACAAUCGCCCUAAUUACUUACCUGAUGGAAAAGAAAAAAGUGAACGGACCGUUUUUGAUUAUCGUGCCUUUGUCCACCAUGUCAAACUGGAUGUUGGAGUUUGAAAAGUGGGCACCCUCUGUACAGGUGAUUUCCUAUAAAGGAACCCCGGGCAUCAGAAGGACACUGCAGAGCCAAAUGAGAGCGGCCAAAUUUAACGUGCUCGUCACAACUUACGAGUACAUCAUAAAAGAUAAAAGUGUCUUAUCGAAAGUGCCUUUUAAAUACAUGAUAAUCGACGAGGGUCACCGAAUGAAAAACCACCACUGUAAACUGACCCAAGUUUUAAACACCCACUAUUUGGCGCCGCACCGUUUACUCUUAACCGGUACCCCACUGCAAAACAAAUUGCCCGAGUUGUGGGCCCUAUUAAAUUUCCUUCUACCGUCGAUUUUCAAGAGUUGUUCCACCUUCGAACAGUGGUUUAAUGCACCGUUCGCUACCACCGGCGAAAAGGUUGAAUUGAACGAAGAAGAAACGAUCCUGAUCAUUCGACGUCUGCAUAAGGUCCUAAGGCCCUUCUUGCUCAGACGUUUGAAGAAGGAAGUUGAAUCUCAACUGCCCGAGAAAGUCGAGUACAUCAUCAAGUGCGAUAUGUCCGGAUUGCAAAAAGUUUUAUAUCAACACAUGCAGAGCAAAGGAGUUUUGCUUACCGAUGGGUCGGAAAGGGGACAUGCCUCUCGAGGAAAAGGCGGUUCAAAAGCUCUAAUGAACACAAUCGUCCAGCUAAGGAAAUUAUGUAACCAUCCCUUUAUGUUUCAAAAUAUCGAGGAAAAGUAUUGUGAGCACGUCGGAAUACCGGGCGGCAUUAUGACCGGACCCGACACGUUCAGGGCUUCCGGUAAGUUCGAACUGCUCGACCGUAUAUUACCGAAACUGAAAAUCACGAACCACAGGGUGCUGCUCUUCUGUCAAAUGACCCAAUUGAUGACUAUUAUGGAGGACUACUUGAAUUGGAGGGGAUACAAGUACUUGAGGCUGGAUGGUACUAUUAAAGCGGAGGAUAGAGGAGACUUGCUAAAAAAAUUCAACGAAAAGGACAGCGAAUAUUUCUUGUUCUUGUUAUCUACAAGGGCCGGAGGUUUGGGUUUGAACCUGCAAACCGCAGAUACUGUUAUCAUUUUCGAUUCGGAUUGGAAUCCUCAUCAGGAUUUGCAAGCCCAAGAUCGUGCCCAUCGUAUUGGCCAAAAGAACGAAGUAAGAGUGCUGCGUCUAAUGACGGUCAAUUCGGUCGAGGAGCGAAUUUUAGCCGCCGCAAAAUACAAAUUGACCAUGGACGAAAAAGUAAUUCAAGCGGGCAUGUUCGAUCAAAAAUCCACCGGAUCCGAACGGCAACAGUUUUUGCACGCCAUUUUACAUAACGACGGAAAUGACGAGGAGGAGGAAAACGAGGUGCCAGACGAUGAAACUGUUAAUCUCUGGUUAGCUAGAAACGAAGAGGAGUCGAUCCUGUUCAACAAAAUGGACUUGGAAAGAAAAGAAGAGGAAGAUAGGACAGGCAUGGUCCAUCGGUUGAUUCAAGAGGAAGAGCUACCCGACUGGCUUGUUAAGGAGGAUGAUGAAGUAGACACCUGGAGGUUUGAAGACGAAGAUGUAAUCUUAGGCCGUGGGUCCAGGCAAAGAAAGGAAGUCGACUACGCGGACAGUUUAACCGAAAAAGAGUGGUUAAAGGCCAUCGACGAAGAUGGCGAUUACGAUGACGAAGAGGACGAGGAAGAAGAGAAGGCCAAACAGAAAAGACGCGGUAGAAAACGCAGGAAGCGGGACGAUUCGGAUGACGACGAGACCCCGCAAAAGAGGAAAAGAAAAGUUCCGGGUUUGGCGAGCGAGGCGAAGAUGAGGAGGAGGAUGAAGAAGUUGAUGAGCGUCGUCAUUAAUUACAAUGACAGGGACGAGAGACAGCUUAGUGAGCAAUUCAUGAAACUGCCCAACAGGAAGGAGUAUCCCGAGUAUUAUCAAGUCAUUAAGAAGCCCAUUGAUAUAAAUAAAAUCUUGCAGUAUAUCGAUGAUGGAAAGUAUUCGGACAUUAACGAUCUGGAAAGGGACUUUAUGCAACUUUGCCAUAAUGCGCAGAUUUUUAAUGAAGAAGCCUCCUUAAUUCAUGAGGACAGCAUUGUUCUACAAUCGGUAUUCUCAAAUGCCCGCGCCAAACUGGAGGAUAACAACUCGGACGAGGACGAUAGAAAUGGUUCGGAUGAAGAGGUGGAACCGACCCCGAAGAAGCGGAAGGAAAAAGAGCCGAAAGAGAAGAGAAAACGAGGCAGGCCAAAGAGGUCCGUUAAGAAAUACGUGUCGGACGAAGACGAUGACGAUUAGGGGAUUCAUUAGAUAAGGGUUUUCCGUUUAGUUUGAGUAAGAAUACGUUUAGGUAGUAAGCACCAAACCGAGGAGAAAAAAAACACUUUUUAGAGCAGUAGUUGGCUGUGCUACUAGGCAGCCACUAGGAAGUUUAAUAUAUUUUUUUUUUUAAAUGGGCCGAAUUGGCUAAAUCAGUUUAACUUAUUGGGCCUAUUAUGCUUAAGAAUAAAAGUAAUGUUUUUUCCAUUAGUUACGCAGGGCAAGUAUUUAUUUUACACUUAAAAUAUAACACCAAUAAUAGUAUCAUCUAGGCCUUAGAUAAGUUCCUAGCCGCCGAAGCCUUAUAUUCACAUUUAAUAUCAGACUUGCAGUAAAACAUAAUUACUACUCAUAAAAUAAUGCUUAAAUCGUGUUUUUUGUUGUUUCAAGAUAUUUCUUACUUAAUGUGUAUAUUUUGCCUUAACUAUUCAUUGCAUUAUAUAAUCCCACAUUAUCGAGGUUUGAUUGUAUUUAAAGUCACAUCUGCCAUGUACGUGGACCUUUUUUAAUCUAUAUAUAUCUUGCUAUUGUUAAAGUGUUGGUAAUUGGGGUAGCAAUAGUAAUAAAAUAUAGCGAACGUAUACGGAGA